UACUUGUUCUGGUCGUAAAGUUGGUCACCUUGAUAUAUCUCGUUUCUUCGUCUCCUCCCAUCUCAUAUUCAUCCGUCGAGUUCUCUACCAUCAGCAUCGUCUGCCAGAGUUGUUCUACCGAAACAAAAAAGAAAAUAAAAAACAAGCUGGUGGAGAAUAAUGCUGGUGUCGGCAGAGGAAGUGUUGGACAUCAGAGGUUCGCUUCUCCACGUCACCGAAGCUGAAGCCAUCUUGUUGCAGCUGCUGCGGCAAUUAGCAUCGUACCAACCUAAAGAUUCUCGAUCGCCGGAAGGAGAGCUUCGUCUGAAGCACAUCCUAUUAGAAGCUUCUGGACAGGUUCAACUUCACAACGACGUUGCCCAAAAACGAUGGAACGUUAGCCAACUGGCUCGAUUGUUGGCCGGCGCCAGCGUUGGUUUCGGAAACGGCGCGCGGACGGUGCUGCAAAAUUUAGCUGAUCCUACCAUCCGUCCCGUUUCAGCCGAUCGUGCAAUUCAAAUUCUGAAAUUGAGAAUCCAGCCAGCUAUUGCAGCCCGUUACGUUGCGGCUUUAUACAGUGAAGUGCUGUGCAGCGAAGCCUCCAAGCGGACGGUGAAAGGGCGGGCCGCUGACAGCCAUAGUCACGGUGGAGGUUAUUCGUCAACGGAAGACUCUGCCAUUUCAUCCGAACAUUUAUCGCGCCAUCCGUCUACAGACAGUUUGGACCGUUUAACAAUGGCCAACCAGUCGGAAAGUACCGGACAUAGUACGCCCCAAGAGCCACAGAAUUACGGCAUCUUUCGACGGAGGAGGCCCAUCCGCUUGACUCGGUCACGUAGUAGCGCCGGCGAUGGCGGAACCACCGGAGCGCUCAAGAAUUUAGCCUGGGCAGCCAAUGCGGCUAUUCAACGCGCUCCGUCCCGCCUUUAUCGACUGCACGACCAGCCGUCCGCAACGCCUUGCUUGCCGACGGCAACAUUUCAUCCGCGGAAGAGCCAGUCCUUCCGCGAUCUGAAAAUGUCUCCCGAACGAGAAGAUGAACCUUCAAUUUAUCCCGUUACCUGCUGCGGCCCUGAAUUUAUCGUCAAAAGUAGCUUGCCUCCGUACGUGCUUAUAUUACCACAUCAGCCGAAAAAGAAAAGGACGGUGAAUAUUUUGCAUUUGGAUGGACGCAGACUGCACGUGGAGUGUGACCCGAGUAAAACAAGAAUCGAUCAACUUCUGCAGAUGGUGAUGGAUCAUUUUGGAAUUGCGGCUAGCGAUGCCAUUUUUUUCGGACUAUCUUGCAUCAAAGGCGGCCACUUUAUCUUUCCUAGACAUGAUGAAAAGGUGUACAGUUUAGCGCCGGACAAUUACAAGCAAUUGCCCUAUCCCAGUUUUAACGUUUAUUUCCGCUUCCGCUUUUACGUCCACUCGGUUUUUGCGUUACAUAGCCUGGAAAGCGAACAUCUGCUCUAUCUCCAAUUACGCAAAGAUCUGCUUGAGCAACGAUGGGUUAUGGACCCCAUGGAAGAAAUGGGUUUAGCCGCUUUAGCAUUGACGAUAGAAUUUGGAACAUAUAAUCCUAAAAUCCACGGAGUUGGAGGAUCCUACUUUCACGUUGAUCAUUACCUGAGUCCUGGAACGCAGCAGAGUGUCAAGGGCGGUGAAUUGGCUGCCCAGGCACUGGAGCGUCUCCACGGGCGCAUUCCUAAACUGGUGGAAAGACGCGUGGUCGAAUGCAAUUUCGUUAAACGGAUUAUGCAAACGCAGUCGUACGGAUAUCACCACGUGCACGUCAUCGAAGAUGAUGGAUUGAGGACGACUCCUCUCAACCUGCUAGUGGGAUUGGAAGGACUCAAAUUAGUGCCUCACGCCACGUCUACUUCGUUUGGUACACCGUGCAAACACGUCAACUUGUACUGGGAAGAUAUUAAAACGCUUACACACUCUAAGCACCACAUCGUUCUGACAUCCGGCACGGGUUCUCUCAUCCGCAAACGACGUCUCUGCGUCGGAACGUCCCGAAUUCGAAACACGUUCGACUUGUUGAUUUCUCACCAAAAGAUGGCGCUGACGUUGAAAAAACGGAAAAUGCUUAUCAGACCGGAGUCUGCCACGCUACCGAAACUGCGUCACAACAGACCGGCCAGUUUUAUCGAGCCUGUCAAAACACCCACGGAACCCAUCAAAACAUUGUCGAGCUCGACACUCCCACGCCCGUCAAACGCCGUCAGAAUAUACGUGCCUUUUGGGCGUGUCGAAAAGGGAGCCGAACCAGAUGUCACACGCCGGCCGGUUGACGUCAAAUCGAACGUUCCUUCGCCGGAACCAGUGUCGGUGACGUCACCAGAAUCCUCUCAAUACUCUACGCUGAGUUCCCUUUCCGAAUCGACUAUUCCUACCAGUCCUCGUAAGAGCACUUUGGUUCGAAUGGGAACGAAGAUAUCGUCUGACGCCCUCAUCCGCGAGAAAAUGCGCCUUCAAGAUGUCAGUUUCGGCGAACGCGUCCCAUCGGUCGAUCCAUCUGGCGCCUACGUCGUUGACACCAGCGUUAAAUCGGAGGAUGAAUCCCUCGGCUUUGACGCCCACGAGAGCAUAUCGCAAUCAUUGUCGGAACGAUUUAAUCGUUUACCUUAUCUUCCAUCACCGCCUCAACAGCCCGGAGUCUCCGUCAGAUUUUCUAAGGAUCCUGAUGGUUCUCUGGGCAUUUUGAUUGCCCGUGGUGUCCGCGGCGGUAUCUAUCUUAUGGGACUGACGCCCAACGGUGCUGCUCAUCGCCAGACAUCACUAAAACCAGGUGAUCGUAUCUUAUCCGUCAACGGGCUCGACUGUGACGAAUUGGACUACGAUCAGGUGAUUGAUCAAAUCCGCCGUAUACCUCGUGACGUUGAACUGUUCGUCCUCCAUCGACCUGAUGCAGCGAAGUGAACAAUAGAAUGACGUUCCUCCGAAAGAAAAACUCAUCCGCAAUCCAAUCUGGCCUUGAAAUCUUUCCGGAUUCGGAAAAAAGAACAAAGCAAAACAAACUCAAAUGGGCGCAUUUGUCUACCUCGUCUUCUUCGACAACGACAAUCAGAUAUCAAGCGGAAUUUUCUCAGCACCGCCCAAAACGUGCGCCAUAUAAAGAGAACGAAAUCCUUGACGAUCCAAAUCUGUUCUUCCAUCAACAACCAUGACAAUCACGUCAAUCGGUGAGCAAUUCUUUUAUCUGUCAAAAUGUUUCUUUUUCGCCAAAAACGAAAAAGAAAAAACAUUAAGAAAAUGUUACUUUAUUUUACCUGUUUGAAUCCUCCGACCCACCUCAAGAGUUCGACGAUAUUGUUGCGUUUAUGGUAUUAUUUCACAAUGUACAUGUUUUGCAAAUAAAAUUCCUUUUUUUUUUUCUUUUCUUCAAAAUAUCA